UGUCAUUCAUUUUUUUUCAUGAAUCAUACAUAAUUCCAUGUACAAAACCAUACAAAACCAGUACCUCCAUGGCCAUGACUAGAAGUUAAAGUCGACUGAUAAGUGCGCGAACUCCUUGUAUAAAAAUAUUAACAUCAUUAAGUGAACGUGUUGAUAAUCACAUUUGAAAUUACGUCUGUACCCAUCCAUUUUCGGCUUAUAAAUAGAAAUGCAAGAUCCAAACGAAGAUACAGAGUGGAAUGAUGCUUUAAGAAGGCAGGGAAUAAUUCCGGAAAAAAAGAAGGAGAAGGAAAUUACCGAGGAUCAAAUCGUUGAUCUUUUGGAAAACACAAUUGACAAAAAACUUGGCAGAGUUGGAAACAACAUAGACAGUCUCACACUUGAUGAACUAGAUGAACUUGAAGAUGAGGAAGAUGAGAAAGUGCUCUUGGAAUACCGGCGGAAAAGGAUAGCUGAAAUUACAGAACUUGCUGGAAAGUCAAAGUUUGGUGACGUCAGAGAAAUAUCGGCUCAAGAUUAUGUGCAAGAAGUAAAUAAUGCUGGGGAAGAUAUUUGGGUCGUCUUACAUCUUUAUAAGCAGGGUAUUCCUCUGUGCUCUCUUUUAAAUCAGCACCUGGCAUCACUCGCAAGAAAGUUUCCAGCAACCAAGUUUCUAAAGAGUAUUUCUACCACAUGUAUUCCUAAUUGGCCUGACAAAAAUUUGCCCACAAUUUUCGUUUACAAUAACGGAAAUAUGGUUAAGCAAUUUAUCGGACCAAUUGAACUACGCGGGAUGAAAGUCACUGAGUCAGAGGUAGAAUGGAUGCUUGGCCAAGUAAAAGCGGUACCUACAAAGAUAUGCGAAGAUCCAAGACCAAAGGUACGUGACGUCCUGUUUUCAACUUUGAAGAAUCAAACUGACGAUCUUGCGGAAGACAAUGAUUGGUGAUACAAAUUACCUUAUUAAAUUAGAGCUCAUUUGAGCUCGUGUUGAAAAGAGAAGCAAAUGUUUUAUUUAUUUAAAAAACAAAGUAAUUACUGCUUAUUGCAGAAUUUAUAUUAAUUUCUGUAGAUUUUAUAUUUAUUUACAGUGAUAAAUUUAUACAAUAGUCUAUCAAAUGCCUCGGAAAUUAGAAUAACAUAAGUUUGUUAACCAAAAACAAAAAAAAACUUACAGAAGAGACAAUAAAAAUAAUUUAUUAAUGCAGAUUA